UGGCUGCAGGAAGCAGGAAGUGACAGCAGCUUCUGCUCUACGGGCUCCUGAAACCGGAAGCGUUAACGGGGAAAAAAAGUUGUAAACAAACCCACCGGGUGUGCUUAUUCCGGUACGGGAUACGACUGUCAGACAGCAACCGCAGGCGGCCCCGGGUUCCUGGUGGAGUGAAGACCCUGGGGAGGAGAAGUCCCGGAAGUAGAGGAAACCUCUGUGGUAUUCAUUAAUCCAGACCCACUGAUGCCAUGAUACCUCAAGGAUCCUAAUGCCCUGCACGGUGUCUGUGAUGGACGGGGGGGGGAGAUACCCACAACUUGAGUCGCAACACGGAGCCAGCGGAAUGUGCUCGGCUGCUGCCAUGCAAUACCAGCCCACCUUGUCUGAUGUGGAGACCCCGGUGCUGGCUGGUACCCAGUGGACACAUUACUCAUAUUCACCUGCUCAUUGCUUGCCCCAUGCUCCUAUCACCAGCUCAGAUCCAUUACAUUAUAAUGGUCAGACAGAAUAUUACAGCAGGAACUAUUCCGCCCCGUUCUCUAACUACUUCUCUGACAGCCAGGCCUACGUUCAGGACCCUCCCCCAUAUUUUAAUGAGUUAUCCAACCACUCCAUCCUCUCUUCCCCGGAUUCUUUAUCUGACAUUAAGGACACUCAGGACUUUCUGCCGAUUGACAGUCUCAGCAAUGUACCGACAAUAUGGGAUAUCAUGCCACAAGACACCAGCACUACAUCGCUUCUUUCCUCCAGUCGCCCCUUUCUGGGCCUGGACAAGUUUGAGGACCUGCAAGCCAUAAUUAAUACUCCAUCAGUGCAGCAACGGUCGUCAAAUCCUGUAGUAGAAGAAGAGGAGGAUGACGAUGAAGAUGCUGAGGAGCUGGGGCACACUGAGACCUACGCAGAUUAUAUGCCUUCUAAAUCCAAACUAGGUAUCCAGCACCCCGACCGCGUAGUGGAGACCAGCACCCUCUCCAGCGUCCCUCCUCCAGACAUUACCUACACUCUUUCCCUUCCCAGUUCUAUUGUCGAGAAAGCGCUAUUGUCUGCUUUACAGCUUGAAGCCAUAGUAUACGCUUGUCAGCAACAUGAAGUGGUCCUUCCCGGUGGCCAACGAGCGGGAUUUCUCAUUGGAGAUGGAGCUGGCGUGGGAAAGGGACGGACUGUUUCUGGGAUCAUAUUAGAAAACUUCUUUAAGGGCAGGAAAAAAGCUCUUUGGUUUAGUGUAUCCAAUGACUUGCGGUGUGAUGCAGAGCGCGACUUGAGAGACAUUGAGGCCAGUUGUGUUCCAGUGCACGCUCUUAGUAAGAUAAAAUACGGAGACACAUCUGCAUCUGAAGGUGUACUAUUUGCAACCUAUUCAGCACUUAUUGGAGAGAGUCAAGCUGGAGGUCAACAUCGGACUCGAAUUCGACAGAUUAUAGACUGGUGUGGAGAGAACUUUGACGGAGUUAUUGUGUUUGAUGAAUGUCACAAAGCUAAGAAUGCCUCAUGUACUAAAAUGGGCCGUGCAGUUUUAGAGCUACAGAACAAUUUGCCUUUGGCACGUGUUGUGUAUGCCAGUGCCACUGGUGCAUCCGAGCCCAAGAACAUGAUCUAUAUGAGUCGGCUGGGUAUCUGGGGAGAGGGCACAUCUUUCAGCACUUUUGAUGAGUUCUUGCACGCAAUUGAAAAGAGGGGUGUAGGAGCCAUGGAGAUUGUUGCCAUGGAUAUGAAGUUGAGUGGUAUGUACAUCGCACGGCAGCUCAGUUUCACCGGUGUCAAUUUCAGAAUUGAGGAAAUUCCCCUGGAUGAGUCUUUCAAACAGAUGUACAACAGAGCGGCACAACUGUGGGCAGAAGCACUGACUGUUUUUCAGACAACAGCUGACUGGAUUGGGUUGGAAUCUCGAAAGUCUCUGUGGGGUCAGUUCUGGUCAGCACACCAACGAUUCUUUAAGUAUUUAUGUAUUGCUGCCAAAGUACAGCGUCUGGUUGCUUUGGCUAAGCAGGAACUGUCCAAGGGCAAGUGUGUCGUUAUUGGUUUGCAGUCUACUGGGGAAGCUCGGACACGAGAAGUUAUGGAUGAAAAUGAUGGUCAUCUUGACCGCUUUGUGUCAGCUGCUGAAGGAGUGUUCAAGUCCCUGAUCUUGAAACAUUUCCCAUCAAGCAAACGGAAACGUGAGAAAAACUUGCUAAAAAGGAAAAAACGUGGGAAACAGCGUAGUGGAAAGCUCUCGCGUGGAGAUUUUGUGGGGUUAAUCCGAAACAGUGAGGAGAGUAGUUCGGACUCUGAAGGUGUGCUGGAUAGCGAUUUCAACUCUUCUCCUGAAUCCUCACAGGACAAUGAUGAUGUCAUAUUUGUCGAACACACAUUUAAUGGACUCAUAGUGCCUGAUCGUGGUCCAGAACAAGUGGAACAAAUGAAGAUGGAUUUGUUGGCCAAGGUCAAAGAAUUAGGCAAGGUGUUACCUCUAAAUACAUUGGAUGUACUUAUAGACCAACUUGGGGGUCCAGACAAAGUGGCAGAAAUGACCGGUAGGAAAGGACGAGUGGUCCGUCGCCUUGAUGGUGUGGGGUUUGAAUCUCGAGCUGAGCAGAACCUAUCAAUAGAUAAUGUAAACUUGCGGGAGAAGGAGCGUUUUAUGAAUGGCACAAAACUUGUGGCGAUUAUAUCAGAAGCAUCGAGUUCAGGGAUUUCCCUACAAGCUGACCGUCGAGUGAAAAACCAACGGCGACGAGUGCAUAUGACACUGGAACUACCGUGGAGUGCUGACAGAGCCAUCCAACAGUUUGGUCGCACACACAGGUCUAACCAAGUCUCUGCCCCGGAGUAUGUUUUCCUUAUAUCCGAACUAGCAGGAGAGAGGAGAUUUGCUUCUAUUGUGGCAAAGAGACUGGAAAGCCUGGGUGCCCUUACUCAUGGGGACAGAAGAGCUACAGAAUCAAGAGAUCUCAGCAAGUAUAAUUUUGAGAACAAGUAUGGGUCAAGAUCACUGGAUCAAAUCUUAUCUGCGAUUCUGAACCAAACACAAAAGGAUGUUCCUCCCCCACAAGGGUACCCCGGAGGUCCUGCAACUUUCUUUCAGGAUAUAAAGCAAGGUUUGCUGUCAGUGGGGAUUUGCUGCAGAGAGACAAAGUACAAUGUUGUCGUUGACAAAGAGUGUUCUGUGACAAAGUUUCUGAAUCGGAUGCUGGGUCUAGAAGUCCACAAGCAGAACAGCCUAUUUCAGUUUUUCACGGAUACAUUUGAAUUUCUUAUUGAGAAAGAUAAGAAGGAUGGGAAAUAUGAUAUGGGCAUUCUAGACCUAGCUCCUGGAGUGGAUGAGAUAUAUCAGGAAAGUAAGCAAACUUACUUGACUCCAGGACAUCCUCAGGAUGGACAAGUUGUAUUUUACAAGAUCAGCGUGGAUCGUGGCAUGAGUUGGGAGGCAGCUGUGGAAAAAUCGGAACAUCUUCAAGGUCCAAAUGAAGGCUUCUACCAGUCAUAUAAGGUACGAGGCGACAUGUACUCAGCAGUCUUGGCUGAGCAUAAACAAGGGAAGUAUUUUAACCUGUACAAACCCAACAUUGGCAAACAGUGCCAAUCAGAAACGCUGGACAGCUUGUUGAGCAAGUAUUAUAAGGUAUCUGCAGAGGAGGCUCAGCAGCACUGGGAGCGUCAGUAUGAAUUCUCUCUAAGCAACUGUUCCCAUACCAUGUGGAACGGGAAUUGCAAAACCGUGCAUCAAGGAAAGGACUGUGUACAGGGUCUACGCCUUCGACAUUAUUACAUGUUGUGUGGCUCUCUGCUCAGAGUCUGGAGUCGGAUGACGUCUGUGAUUUCUGACAUUACAAGCAGUAGCUACCUACAGAUUGUACGUUUAAAAACCAAGGAUAAACACAAGCAAGUGGGCAUAAAAAUUCCAGAGGUGUGUGUGUAUAAAGUCCAAGAGGAGCUCAGGCAAAUGCAUAUGAGCGUAAAACGCAGACAUGAGGAAUCUCGCCAGAAUGCCCAGCGUCAGUGUUUGACCCCUCUACCCUCUGCAUCCCUUCCUUUGGAUUUCUCUUUACCUUUAUUUCAGUCGGCCCCUUUUUUAGAAUCAGACAUUUUGGACUUGACUUGCAGUCCUCCGCCACCACACACACAGGAACAGCAUGGGUAUCCUUUUGAAGCUUUGGGGAGCAUCCUUUCCAAUGACUUUCUCCGCAGCGAGCCUGUUAAUGUCAAAGAGAUCAUAGAGGAGAUGCUUCAAAAAGCUAAAGAGCCAUCAUCUUCGGACCGCCAGAGUGUCAUCCAGUAUGGAGGGGAACAAAACUUCUGGGGUACAGGCUGACAACUAAAGGUGUCCCAGUGAUAUCAGACCAGCAGCUCUGCUCCUGAGCACUGCUGAGGCGGUUUUUGGGGAAGACAGUUUAGCAGAGUUUUGGUUUCACCAACCAGCUCCAUUACAAAACUGAGUACUUUACAGAAAUAUGAGAAGAGAUCGGAAAUCUCAUGCGCCAAAGCAAGCAGUACACCAUUCAUCGUUUUCAGAGGACCAAGUGUCAUGCUUAUUUUGACUUCCCAACAUAAUAAUUAACAAGUCCCCAUUCUUACUAACUGGCUGACACAUCAGGUGCUGUAAACUGCAGUCUGUCCCUAUUUUGUGGGACUUGAGCAGAAUUCACAUCUGGUGCACAACACUGUGUGUUUCUGUGCUCCUUAAUUUGAUCGGCUUAGGGUAGCCUCGAGAUCCGUGUUCCCGUGUACAUAGGUUCUUCUGUGUUCAUGAGCUGUCUUCUUGCAGCGCACAGCACUUUAUUGUCUCCUCUGCCGAGCUUUAUACACUGCUGGCUAAACAAGCCUUUUGCAGAGCAAUAGCAUGUGAUACCCGUAUACAGAGAAGUGGUGGGAAAAGACUGAUCUUUUAUUUGUUCUUUUAACCCUUGCUAAUCUUUGCACUAUUUGCUGCCCCAUGACCACCUCCCUGUGGAUAGAAGGGGCCUGGGUGUCUGCUCAGGGUAUGUUUGUAUAGAAAUAUUUAUAUCCAUAUCUGUAUGUCUCAGGCUGGGUACUGUUUGCCAGACAGAGGCAGACACUGUUUUAAGUUUUGAUGCCAAAGACCUUUAUUUCUCCUUUUUAUUACAUAUUUAAUUUUGUCACGUUGCAACUCUAGUGUUUUCCCAGUUCCCUGUUCAGAGAACUUUUUUUGGCUAUUCCAUCAGAAAUAUAAAAAGGGACGGCUGCAGCACUUCUAGUCGUUAGCAGAAUAGCACUCUGUAUAGACGAUGCAUUCAACACAAACAUACCUCCUAAUGCUCCCAAAAAA